GGGCGGGAGCAUCUGCCGGCCUCGGCUCUCGUUGUUGCUCGGGCCGCGGCGUUCCGGCGCCUGGACUCUGAUCCUGGGCUGAGGAGGAGCUGGGAGCGUGCUCACCCGCCCUCUGGGGCUCACACGUUCGGGAAACGGGAUUAGCGCACGCAGAGCGGGUGGGCUGCUUUUUAUUUCGAGUCGUGAAUUUAGCCCACGAGCUCUGGCCCCAGCGUGACACCUAAAAAGUUGAACUGGAAAGCAGAGUGUGUGCUCCGCCUGAGUCCGCUGGAAAGUCGGCGUCCAGUCCCCCACCUUCGUACUGCCUCCGGAGGUAGUUAAUCUUGGCUCCCUUCUUCGGGACAUUUACAUGUGAAAACCUCUCUAAACCGGGAACAAAGCUGCCCGCCGCUUUCAAGUUUUCUAGUUGUAUCGCAGAUCAUUCCAGGUCCUGAUCUUGGAGUGUAGAGCCCACACAUUUAUUUAUCAGAAUCGAGGGGAGGGGGAGGAGGAACUUGACCAAUCGAGGAUUUACAGUGCAGUUACCGAAGAUAAACUAUCAUCAUGUGUUGAGUUGGAUUUUUUCCCCCCUUUUCAAAUGCUGAAGGUAAACCAACAUGGGGGGGAGUCACACGUUCGAAGUAUCUGAUAGGGCGUUAAAAACUUGCUGCAUCUCACCGUCAGAUUUUGUAGCUUCACUUGUAAGAGGAUUAUGGUGCGGUAACUUUUCUUCUCAUUUGCAGUGCCAUGAUAUGGGACCCUCUAGUUACGCCCUAGUUAAGACCAUUAGUCGCCUUACAAAUUAUUCUAGAAGUGACUUGUCUUCAGCUGAUAGGUACAUAAAAUAUCCAAACUAAACUAGUUGCACCUGGUAUUGGACAGUGUCUUGCAAAAGUUCAGUAAUGAUGAUUUUUAAAGUAACAAAAAAAGAAUUCCUGAAUUUUGAUAGCUAGAGAGUUUGUUAUAUCUCCAGAUAGUUGAGGGUUGGAAGUUGACUUUGUUUCCUGAAGGCAGAAUUCAUUGGAAUGUUGGCUGUGUGAGGGCAGGGAGUUGUGUUCUCUUACCCCUCUCCUCCAUAGUAAGUGCUCAGCAAAUACCUGGUGAAUGAGUAUUUAUACACAUCCAGAUUAGUUUUGUGGUAUUUCCAGUAUAUUUCCAUCCCAGAGUAAAACUUAACUUAGAAUAGUUUUAGUGGUGAUUUUUAAUGAAUGAAGAGAGGAUUUUAAGUGUGUUCUUAACAUCAAAAUUAUUUAAUUCUGACUUAGGCAUUAUGAAGUUGAUAUCUAUCACAUUAUUAAUCAAAGUAACUUAUGUUAAUCCUGAAAAAGUGUUCAAUAGGUUUUAAAGCAAAAUUAGGAAUGGUACGUUAACCUUUUAAAACAUGCAGAAUGAGAAUUUUCUUAUCAUUGCUUGUUUUCCUCCUAAAGCUUUCUUUUCUGUUCCUAAUCUUAUUUUAUGAACUGCAAACUGCAUUAUGUGAGGUGUAUGUUGCCAGUUUCAACUCUCUUCUGCUAGAUGAAAACUUUUUUUCUGGAGAAAUUUGUUUGACUCUAAGAUCCAUCUUGUGCUUGCUUGAUUUGUUGUGUGUCUGAACUGUUUCUCCUCAUUCGUGAAAUGUUAUUUAUUUGAUCUGUUCCCUCUAACCUGGACUUCCCCUAAAUCUAACCAUUUCACAAACACUUGAGUGCCUGCUCAACUGCAAGACUGUCCUGAAUGCUGUGAGACUACAGAGGGGCUCUGUCCCCCCAGGUCCUAAUGGGGAACAGUAGAUUUAGGCAAAUAACAUGAAUAUGUGAUAGCUUCCUUUGAGGGCCUUUAUGAAGUACUGUGGAAUGGCCAUAGGGGGUUAGUGAGAACUUGGAAAGAGAAGACGACAUCAGUUUGGUAUUUCAGAAGGUGUAGGAAACUGAUUAGAGGGCAGCAGUGCUGAGAAAGAAGUUAGUAGUUUGACUCCAAGUCCCUGGGUGGUGCAAAUGGUUAAGUGUUGGGCUACUAACCUAAAAGGUUGGUAGUUCAGACCCACUCAGAGGCACCUCGGAAGAAAGGCCUGGUGAUCUGCUUCUAAAAAGUCACAGCCAUGAAAACCCUACGGAGGGCAGUUCUACUUGGAAACACAUGGAGUCGCCAUGAGUCGGAAUUAACUCUACAACAACUGGAAAGGAAAAGGUUGUUGGAAAGUAGAAUGAUAAAGCAAUUUGAGACUUGACAUUUACAGGUUUUAUGUCUGUCUAAUGUGUUUGCAUUUCAUUUUCAGGCUGUGGGUAAACAAUGAAGGUUGGAGUAGUGGAGUGAUAGAAUCAAAGCUCUGCUUGAUUUGUAGUGGUAUGUUGGAUGCGUUGUAGGAGGCAGAGAUUUGGGGGAGAUGGGCAGCUGGGGACUGAGGUAGGAAAGGCAGGUAGAACUUGGCAAGUCCAUAGUAAGAAUGGAAAAGAGAGAGAAGAAUGUGGGCCAGCAGAAUUCAUGUACCGUGGCAUCUGAUAGGUUUAAUAAGCUAGUUAGCCUGCACGUUCUAAGCGCUGGGAGGGUGGUAAUGCCAUUCACACAAGUCAAGCAGUCAUCACAAGCAUAUUUAGUGGAGAAGAAAAUGUGUUUGGUUUUUGAACAGGUUGAGUUUGAGUUAUGUGUGGAACAGUCAUGUGGAAAUUUUUGGCAAGCAGUUGAGCAUAUAGGACUCAAACUUGGAAACAACCAAAAGAUAGAGGAAGGCAUCUGGGAGUCCUUCCCAGAUGUACCCUGGAGAAAAUUGAGAGUGAAGAGAAAAGACAGUAAUCAUUAAUAAACACCUGUGGUGUAUCAUAUCUCAUUUAAUAUUUCCUGCAUAGACAUCCAUUUAUAGAUGAGGAAACUGAUUCUCAAAGAAGUUAAAUAACAGUUCACCCUAGGGCAUACUGCUAGCUAAUGGUAGAGCUGGGAUUUGAAUGUGGGUCUCUCCAAUUUAAUUGCUGCCUAAAGAUCAUUUGUAAUACCAGGGGAGUGUCUAAAGGUUAAAUACUUUUUUUUAAAGGCCACUGAAGUUCUUGAGGGUGAUGAAUCUGAAGUUUAGGAUUGAAUGGUGAUCGGAGAUGAGGAAAUUAGAGGUAGCAAAUGAAAAGUGGUCUUUUGAGGAGGUUGGUAAGGAGGGAUUAGAAGGGAAAGUUGCUUCAAGGAUGAACAGAAGGAAGAACAGUGUGGUAGGAACUGAUGCUAGGCAGUGAGUGUAUGUUUAGAUGGUAUAUAUAAGGUCUCAGAGUUACUGGUUAGUAUUGAGACUCUGGUCUCUGUUAGUGAGGGUAGAGGCUUGGACAUGUGGGUGGUGGGAAGGGUGGGGAAGAAAAGCAUAGUUAAAAGUUCCAAGAGAGGUUGGUUAACUUGGAGCAAAAUUGAGGCUAUGCGGAAAGGUACAGAAGAGUAGUUGAAAGAAAAAGUAUAAGAUACAGAAGGGAAGGUAGAUAAAAGUGAGGUUAUUAAAGAUACCCAUUCAACAAGUAUAUGGAGGACUUUAGGCAAGACAUUUAAAAGGUAGAAAGAUGAGUGAAAAAGAAUCAGUGAUCAAUUAUGGCCCGUACUCAGUUGUGUUCUGUGUUGAAUAUAUACACCUCAAGUAUGAAGACUUUGGUACUUUGUAAGUGUUCAGUGAAUAAAGGUUAUACAUUGGAUUUUUUAAAGCCUGUUGAUUGCAUUUUUAGCAUUUAAUCAAUCUUUCGUUAAAAAAGAAUAUUUUGUACCCUCCUUUCUUUGCAGCAUCUACAAAUUUAAGAUGUUUAAAGUACAAAAAAUGCAGAGAAAAUAUAACCACAUCAAAUAUUCUGUUUUGAUAAACAUCAGUGGUAUAUGCCUUUUUUUUGCUCAGACAUUAUUAAUACCAUGUAUUAAGAUUUAUUCUUAACUGCUGUGUAGUAGCUGGUUCCUCAGCUGAUGAACAUUUAAGUGUCUUAAUUUUUUGCUGUCAGACUGCAGUGAACUUUCUCAAACAUGUUCCCUUGUGUACAUAUGUAAGAGGGCUAGCUGUUUAGGGCGGCUCUUCUCAGACUUUCAGUCGUAGACCCCUUUAUACUCUUGAAAGAUAAGGACCACAGAGAGCUUUUGUAUGUACGGGUUAUAUCUAUUGAUGGUGACCAUAUCAGAAAUUAAGACUGAGAAAUGUAUUGAUUUCUUAAAAAGAAUAACCAUAACCCCCAUUACAUAACAUAAAUAACAUUUUUAUAAAAAGUAACUUUUCCAGAAUACAAAAACAAUUAAUGAGAAGAUUGGCAUUGUUCUACAUGUUUGCAUAUGUCCUUUAAACUUUUAUUUAGUGAAAGCUGGAUCUUCGUAUCUGCUUCAUUCAGUCUCUUGAUAACACAUGUCAGGUAGGCUAUGGAAGAACAUUGCUGUCCACUUGGGAGGAAGUGAGUUAACAGGACAAAACCUGUCUUAGUGUUUAUAUGAAAACAGUUUUGAUAUCACAUACCACUGAAACAGACUGAGGGGCAGUCAGGUUCUCAGGCCACUGAGAACUACAGCACUAGGACCCAGGAAGCUGAGGUGGGGUAUGUGAGAUGAUAUUUUGAAGUGCAAGAAAAAAAUAACAGUACCUUUAUCAUUUUUAUCUUUAAAAUUAGACCGAAAUGAAGCUUUGUGAAUACUUAAUAUAUGAAGUGACAUUGGUACACUCAUCCGGUUAGGCUGUCAUUCUUGAACCACCAUGUUAUCCUGAAGGAAGAAAGGAGUGCCACACCUCAGUUGGAGCUUGCUACCCUUUCCUAUUCCCACUGGAAAGGGUUCUGUAUGACUAUUUUGUUCCCUUCUCUAAGAGGUCUAUCUAAAGAAAUGGACAAAGGGUUGAAACAAAGUUCUCACUGUGUGAAGAGAUGUGGAAGACCAGAUCAAGAAUGGAACUCUUUUCCCUUAUGGAUAUGAAACCUCCCAUCUCUCGAGCCAAGAUGAUUCUCAUCACUAAAGCUGCUAUUAAAGCUAUUAAGCUUUAUAAGCAUGUAGUUCAAAUAGUAGAAAAGUUCAUCAAAAAGUGUAAGCCAGAAUACAAGGUUCCAGGAUUAUAUGUAAUUGACUCAAUUGUGAGACAGUCUCGUCAUCAAUUUGGAACUGAUAAAGAUGUUUUUGGGCCUAGAUUCUCUAAAAACAUAACCGCCACAUUCCAGUAUUUAUAUCUUUGUCCAUCUGAAGAUAAGAGUAAAAUAGUUCGUGUACUGAACCUUUGGCAAAAAAAUGGUGUGUUUAAAAUUGAGAUUAUUCAGCCUCUUUUGGACAUGGCAGCAGGAACCAGUAAUGCCGCCCCAGCAGCAGAAAGUGUUACUAAUAAUGAAGGUUCACCUCCACCUCCAGUAAAAGUUUCUUCUGAACCCCCACAAGUCACUACAAACUCCGUCCCAACCAUGCCGCAGUUGCCCAGCUCUGAUGCUUUUGCUGCUGUGGCCCAGCUGUUCCAGACAACUCAAGGGCAGCAGCUUCAGCAGAUCCUUCAGACUUUUCAGCAACCUCCAAAACCACAGUCUCCCACCAUUGACAAUGCUGUGAUGGCUCAGGUUCAAGCUAUCACCGCUCAGUUAAAGACAGCUCCUCCACAGCCACCUGAACAAAAAGCUGCUUUCCCCCCACCUGAACAAAAAACUGCAUUUGACAAGAAGCUGCUUGAUAGAUUUGAUUAUGAUGAUGAGCCAGAGGCUGUGGAAGAAUCAAAGAAAGAAGACGCUGCUGCUGCCGCCGCUGUCACCACAGCCCCUCCUGCUGCCGCCGCUCCUGCGCCCACUGCUGCCGUCCCCACUGCGGCCGCCCCUGCUGCUUCUCCUCCUCCACAGGCACCAUUCGGAUUUCCUGGUGAUGGCAUGCAGCAGCCAGGAUAUACACAGCAUCAGAAUAUGGAUCAGUUUCCACCUCGAAUGAUGGGAAUACAGCAGGAGCCAAUGCACCAUCAGGUUCCACUUCCUCCUAAUGGACAGAUGCCAGGAUUUGGGCUUCUUCCUACACCUCCGUUUCCUCCUAUGGCUCAGCCUGUCAUACCUCCAACUCCACCGGUACAGCCAUCUUUCCAGGCUUCUUUCCAGGCACAGAAUGAACCACUUACACAGAAAGCACAUCAGCAGGAAAUGGAAGUGGAACAAUCUUGUAUUCAAGAGGUUAAGCGGCAUAUUUCUGAUAACAGAAAGUCAAGAUCUAGGUCAGCAUCCAGGUCACCAAAAAGAAGGCGGUCUAGAUCGGGUUCUAGAUCUCGAAGAUCCCGUCAUCGACGUUCUCGGUCUCGAUCCAGGGACAGACGCAGGCACUCUCCUAGGUCUCGGUCCCAAGAAAGACGGGAUCGAGAAAAAGAGAGGGAGCGUCGACAGAAAGGCCUUCCUCAGAUCAAACCAGAAACUGCGAGUGUUUGUAGUACUACACUCUGGGUUGGCCAGCUGGACAAAAGGACAACACAGCAGGAUGUCGCCAGUCUCCUGGAGGAGUUUGGUCCCAUUGAGUCCAUUAAUAUGAUUCCUCCCAGGGGUUGUGCCUAUAUUGUUAUGGUUCAUAGGCAAGAUGCUUAUCGUGCCCUGCAGAAACUGAGCCGAGGAAACUAUAAAGUGAACCAGAAAUCCAUAAAGAUUGCCUGGGCCUUAAACAAAGGAAUAAAGGCAGAUUAUAAGCAGUAUUGGGAUGUAGAGCUUGGUGUUACAUAUAUUCCAUGGGACAAAGUCAAGCCUGAGGAACUGGAGAGUUUUUGUGAAGGAGGAAUGUUGGACAGUGAUACACUUAACCCAGAUUGGAAAGGAAUUCCCAAGAAGCCUGAAAAUGAAGUUGCUCAAAAUGGAGGUGCAGAAACCUCACACACAGAACCAGUAUCACCCAUACCUAAAGCCUUGCCUGUUCCUGUCCCACCUAUUCCUGUGCCUGCACCUAUAGCAGUACCACCUCCGCAGGUCCCACCACACCAGCCAGGUCCCCCUGUAGUGGGUGCACUCCAGCCUCCUACUUUCACGCCUCCUUUGGGGAUCCCCCCUCCGGGCUUUGGCCCUGGUGUUCCUCCUCCUCCACCACCUCCACCAUUUUUGCGCCCGGGAUUCAACCCAAUGCAUUUACCACCAGGUUUUCUUCCUCCUGGACCCCCACCUCCUAUAACUCCACCAGUAUCCAUUCCUCCUCCUCACACUCCACCAAUAAGCAUCCCAAACUCUACUAUCGCUGGUAUAAAUGAAGACACUACAAAAGACUUAUCUAUUGGAAAUCCCAUUCCAACAGUGGUGUCUGGGGCUAGAGGAAACGCCGAGUCUGGUGACAGUGUGAAAAUGUAUGGCUCUGCCGUGCCACCUGCUGCUCCCACGAAUCUGCCCACUCCUCCUGUAACCCAGCCCGUUUCACUUCUUGGCACUCAAGGAGUUGCACCUGGUCCUGUGAUUGGGCUUCAAGCACCAUCCACUGGUCUUCUUGGUGCCCGACCCGGCCUCAUCCCACUGCAGCGCCCUCCAGGAAUGCCUCCACCGCAUCUGCAGCGAUUUCCUUUGAUGCCACCCCGGCCUAUGCCACCACAUAUGAUGCAUAGAGGGCCCCCGCCAGGACCAGGGGGCUUUGGAAUGCCGCCACCACACGGGCUGAAAGGCCCCUUUCCACCUCACGGCCCCUUUGUUAGGCCUGGGGGAAUGCCAGGGCUUGGGGGCCCAGGCCCGGGCCCAGGGGGCCCUGAAGAGAGAGAUGGAAGGCAGCAGCCCCAGCAGCAGCCGCCACCGCCACAGCCCCAGCAGCAGCAGCCGCCGCCCUCCCAGCAGCCACCACCAACCCAGCAGCAGCCACAGCAGUUUAGAAAUGAUAACAGGCAGCAGUUCAAUUCAGGUAGAGACCAAGAAAGGUUUGGAAGACGAUCUUUCGGAAAUAGGGUGGAAAAUGAUCGGGAACGGUAUGGGAGCCGUAAUGAUGAUAGAGAUAAUAGCAGUCGUGAGAGGAGAGAGUGGGGAAGAAGGAGCCCCGACCGGGACAGGCACAGAGACUUGGAAGAGAGAAAUAGACGCUCUAGUGGGCAUCGAGACAGAGAGAGAGAUUCUAGAGAGUCUCGUAGAGAGAAGGAAGAGACCCGAGCAAAGGAAAAGCCUGAGGGGACAGACAGGGCAGGUGGUAACAAAGCCGUGGAACCUCCCGUUAGCCAAGUGGGAAACGUAGACACUGUUUCAGAACUUGAUAAGGGGGAGUCUGAGGCCACAGUUGUCAAACCUUCUGAAGAGUCACCUGCUGAGGCUACCUCAUCCGUUGAACCUGAAAAGGAUUCUGGCUCAGCAGCAGAGGUUCCUCGUUAGACUGGAACUUGUUGAGCUGUGACCGUGAUGCUUCCGAAGCGUUGAGCGUGAGGUGUACAGAUGCUGUAUUAUAUUCGCUCCUGCUAUAUCUCAGCCCCGCAGUAGUUGGUGGGGAGUUGUAAGCAAUUUGAUUGCUUCCCUUCUAUUUAAAAAUAGCCACAAAAUAACAAAAAAUACUGAAAAUAUGAAUAAAUAUGACCCUUUUUGCUGUAACUUUUUUAAAGUUUUGACUUUAAAAAGUUUACAAACCGUAAUUAGAAGUGCUAUUUUUUUUUUUUUUUUUUUUUUUUUUUUAAUUUAAAGACAAGGUAAUGGUGGAAGCUCCUCCAAACAGUAGGGAUGUUUUUAAUAAACUCUAUUUUCGUAACAAA